AUGUCAAGUCUUAUAGAAAUUACAACGGAGGAAGAAUGGCAGAAGCAUAUUGAAUCUUUGCCACCUUCAACUCUGCAGAUAAUCAGCUUUCAUGCACCAUGGGCAGCACCAUGUGCGCAAAUGUCGGUCGUCCUCCGUACCCUCGCGCUCUCCUACCCCGCAACCACACCACCUACCACCUCCUGGGUUUCGAUCAACGCCGAAGAGGUAAUCUCCGUCUCUGAUGCCUUCGACGUAACCGCAGUCCCUUUCCUCGUCCUCACCCGCAACAACGCUGUCCUUGAAACCGUCUCCGGCAGUGACGCCGCCAAAGUGCGCAGUACCAUUGAAAAACACGCCAAUUCUACCUCUUCCACUAACGGCACAUCUCUGAGACCCGUACCAAGCAUAAGCCAUACUUCUCCCGAACCAUCAACUCCACCUACUACUUCUACCGAAUCCCAAGAGCCAACAUCUAAAGAGGAUCUCCACGAACGCUUAUCCAAUCUUGUAAAGGCGGCUCCUGUGAUGCUGUUUAUGAAAGGAACACCUUCAGCACCUCAGUGUGGUUUCUCUCGUCAACUCGUCGCUUUACUAAGAGAAAACUCGGUGAAAUAUGGCUUUUUCAAUAUUUUGGCCGAUGAUGAGGUUAGGCAGGGUCUUAAGGAAUUCGCAGAUUGGCCUACUUUCCCACAAUUGUGGAUGGACGGAGAACUUGUAGGAGGUCUAGAUAUUGUCAAAGAAGAAGCCGGAAAUGAUCCAGAUUUCUUCAAGGCAUAUAGCGUCGCUAAACCGGCGACAGCAGCUUAG